UAAAAUUUCAGACGAACAGCGUAAUGUUUUCUCAAUCUUCUUCAUAAUUUCAGUUUUUAUACGAGAUCAGAUAUGCUAGAAUGGGAGUUUUACAGCUGUGGAGUAUUCUAGAACCCGUAAAACGCACAGGAGAUUUGUCCUUGUUGAAUGGCAAGACUUUAUGUGUCGAUUUGAGCGUAUGGAUCUGCGAAGCACACGGAGCAAAAGGUCUCAAAACAAACRUACUAAAACCACAUUUAAGAAAUCUUUUCUUUCGAAUAUGGAAUCUGAUCCGAGCUGGAGUAAAGUUAGUAUUCGUAGCCGACGGGGAUCCGCCAAAGGUGAAGUGGGAAGCGAUUUUGAGGCGUACCCAAGCAAGGAAUGGCUUCAGCGCUGGAAKGGGGAAGGAUGCUAGGGGCCCACCACGCAAGAAGGUGGGAAGAUCUAAUUUCAGAGUCUGGGUAAACGAGUGUAUUGCUUUGCUAAAGUUACUUGGUGUYCCAUAUGUAGAAAGUGCUGGCGAGGCUGAGGCACUUUGUGCCUGGAUGAAUGCCAAAGGGUUUGUUGAUGGUUGCAUCACUAAUGAUGGGGAYGUGUUUCUUUAUGGUGGAAAGACUGUCUAUAAAGGUCUUUGUAUCAGUACUAAGGAGUGUAUGGUGGAUUGCUACAGUAUGGAUGAUGUUGAGGCACAACUUGGUCUUUCAAGAAAUAGUCUUAUUGGCCUUGCCAUUCUUCUUGGUUGUGACUACCUUCCCCAAGGUGUCCCUGGUGUUGGCAAAGAAAUGGGACUCAAGCUUAUCRAUGCACUAAAUGGAUUUGAUUUGCUGGAAAGGUUUAAUCAAUGGAGCACAUUCCAGAUAACUGAUGCUGACAUGUCAAAAAUUGAAAGAAGCAUUAAACAGAAAGCUCUAAAGAUACCUGGAUUUCCCAACAGAGAGGUUAUCAACGAGUUCUUAUCACCAAAGCUUAAAACACAACAUCUUAAAAUACCACAAGGAUACAACUGCCCUGAUGUCAAAGGCAUGCAGGAGUUUUGUUUGAAAUAUCUUGAGUGGCCAGAAGAUUAUACAUCAGAAAAGGUAUUGCCUCUGGUGACUUACUGGCAGAUGGAUAGACCUCUUAAAGAAAGGAAAAAUAUUGUCAUUAUUCCAGAAAGGAUUGUAAAACCUAGAAUUCAAAAUAGAAUUGAAUGCUAUGAAGUACUGUGGAGGAAUGAAAAUAUAAGUGACACAAGUCAAUCAACAUUCACUACAAUUGAGAACAAACAGAUGUUUGAUAAAGUCUACCCUGGAAUUAUUCAAGAUUUUGAAGUUGCUCGACUGGAAAAGAAGAGUACUAGAAAACAAGGUAAAGGAAAGAACAAGAAAACCUCAGAAGAAGCUACAAAUGAAGACAAUCUUGACUACCUYUGUGAAAAUCUUGGAAAUCUUUCUCUUGUGAAUCCAACCAUGGUAGCCAAACAAGAUGUUAACACAAAUGGAGAGGGAGAUACAAGCUGCCACCAAGAAGGUACCAGAGGCAUGAGUAGCAACAGAGCUAGCCAAGUUGCUAAAGAAGAUGUGUUYGUWGAURAAGAGAUMAAUAAUAUAUCAGAUUCCUUAGAGAUACCUCUGCCUCUUUCUGAAAGACUUGCRCURAAGAAAAGGRCAAUAGGGGAAGUGGAUGAAUGCAAAGUGGAUGGGAACAAAUGCUAUGAGAUAGAUGUGWUMGAUGAAGCAUGUAAAGUAUCRUCAGAUUCCUUUGAAGUCCCUCUGCCUUUGUCUGAAAGAAUUGCASUSAAGACRUCUACAUCAGGGAAAGUGAAGRAAUGYRAAGUGGAUSGGAAAARAAAUAAAGAAAUAAAUGGRAUGACAGAUUCUGUUCACAAGUCACUCAACAGAAAUGUUCCUAURUGCUCCAAAGAGAAURRRAGUGUACAKCACUCCAGUAAAKCURAAAWCAAACUGACAAAUGCAAAGAKAAARCAAAACAUAYUACACUGUGUUGAGUUUUCAAGYAGYGAGUCUGAUGGCGAAGACUCCUGGUUUGAUGACCCUAUCAAAGAAAGUUGCAGUAAAGUGCUAUCUUCAACAAGUAAAACUCUGUCAAAAGAAAACAUCUCAGGGCUUACAAAGAAAGUUGACUCAUUGAAUGUAAAUAGAAAAUUCAAUGUUAAAAAUAACAAAGGAUCUCACAGUGUUUUGAAAGAAAGCUUAGAAGUUCAAAAACUUGAGCAAGUAGGGUUAGCAUAUGAUAAACCAUCAAAUACUUCAAGGAAAAGUGCAUUGUCUUCUAGUGUUGAUGUCAAUCUAGUUUCUAAUCGAGGGGAAGAAACAGGAGAGAGAUUUGAUGGAAGUUCCAGUAAUCCAGAAGAGAAUAGGGUUGUUUUGUUGACCCCAGAAAUAUCAAGAAUAAARGAURAAUURCCMAAAAUGUUGAGUAACUAUGGCAGCCACAWUCCUGUUUCUAAACCUGUUAAACAGGAACUUCAAGUUAAGGAAGYAAAACCUGAAAAUUCAUUUGAUGAAGAUGUGUUUUUGGAUGAGAAUGAUAUAGUUUUGAUAACUCCUGAAAAACAUGGAAAUCCAGCUGGGAAAAUUAUUCAAAAUGAUACAAAAUCACGUAAGAACAGUGUUAGUGCUGUCAACAAUAGUUUGAUAAAUGACAAGAAAGGUGAUGAAGAGAAAGAAAAUAAUGUUGAAUCUCCUUUGUUUGUGCCUCUACCWCUGRGUGAAAGAAUAAGAAUUCUUCGCGAGAGUCAAACACAAUGA